AUGAGUUCUCUGAUUCUCAACCGUCUCUCUAGGCUAUGUCUGAAGAAACCACCAGUGCUAGGAGUUAGACACCUAGUUGGCGUUCGUUUCUUGUCGGAAACCCCUCUAUGUCACAUCUACGGCGUUGAACAUUGUGAAAAUGAUCAUGCCAAUAAAUGGAGAUAUUCAAACAUGGGCAGACUGAUGAUUACAGAUUAUUCGGGGCCUAGUUGUAGGACCAUGGUUUUGGAAAAGACGGUGCUAAUGUCCUUGAUGAGUGAAACGGGAACUGCGGGAGCAUCAUAUGGCUGGGCAUUUACUUUAGAUUGCGACGGUACUCCAUGUCUUACAAAUGAUCUCAACCCGGUAGUGUCUGAAUCAGAUGAAUGUACAAUCGUACUCCCUGAUUUGGUAACGCUUCCUCAUUGCCAAACCAAACUUGUAACCAAUGUGGCCAUGUCAACCUCUUCUCCUCAUGACAAAGAUUGCAUUCUAGCCGUCAAAUUCGCUGGGCCCCAACUCAGCUUUUGUAGACCCGCUCAAAAGAAAAAAGAAUGGGUCAAUAUAAAAAUUGAAGACACAGGCUUCUUCUCCUCCCGUGUAAUGUAUUCCAAGAGAGAUAAAAAGUUCGCCAUGCCCUCGGAAGAGGGCACACACAUUGGAUACUGGGACCUUGGUGGAGAGGACUUGAAGAUACCAAAGAAUGAGCGGUUCCCCGGUUUCAAUCCUGAGUUGAUUUAUUUUGGUAACGUUCCUGAGUUGUUGAUGUCUGAAUGGGAAAGAUUAGAGUCGUGUUGCAGGAGCGUGGAGUUGGUGGAGUCACGUACCACGGGUGAAAUGUUUAUGGUUAAGCGGUUCAGAUGGAGAAAUAACUACGAGGGUGGGAGGAUGGAAGAGUAUCGAAUAUGGGUGUUCAAGCAAAGCAGUUCUUCUGCUUCUUGGUAUUACACUAAAAACAUUGGGGAUCUUUGCAUUUUCCUCUCCAAUUCUGAACCUUUCUGUCUCAAGGCUAGCUCCCACCAGAAACGCAAAAACUCUAUUUAUUUCGUUGACAAAAACGAACGUGGGAUUUUCACUCUCGGUGAUGAUAAGUAUAUGACAAGUAGUUUUCACAAUUUCACUGCCCCUUACUUCAUUCCACCUCAGUCUUACCUUGAUGCUAAUCGUAGCGAUAGAUCUCAUUCUCCCUGA